AUGAAGCGAGCAUUCCGUUCUGUUUAUGCAGACAUUUAUGUGAAAGAUGCUCAUCGCAUUAGGGGUACACCGCGUGUUGCUCGACCAUGGAGACCUAAAGUUAUUGCGUGGGCUGGUCCGGCUGCAUUUUAUCGUAAUAGAUUUUAUGAACCGAAUGCUUGGUAUAAAGCACGAAUAACAAAGCCAGUACUUUAUCCGAAAAUGCAUGUCAUUGAUGUAGAUAAUCAUUUAUUAUCGCUGAAAGAACGUUUAGCAGUACCAGAAACAGAAAGAUACGAUAUUGGUUUCAAAAAGAGUGUGUUACCAAUAUCACUGCAACCAUCGGAGUCGAAAAAUGUUCCAAAGUUAUCCAGGAAAAUGCAUUUAACAAUAAAUUUAAAGAAGGUUGAGCAUUGGCAGUUGAGUAUUUUUCAUCACUAUCGCAUAUUUGAUGAUAUUUUUCACACAAACGUCUUUUUCCACAAUACGCAAAAUAUGCAGCUUAAAUGGGGUAGUACUGGUCUAUAUCAAGGAAAUUUGAUCGAUGCCGCUGAUACAAGUAAUAAACCAGAUAUAUGGAUUCAAUCAUUAAAUGGCGGAUUCAGUUCAUUCGUAUUAUUGAAUCUUGAUGGAAACCCAUAUAGUUGUGGUGGCGAAAUUGUCCACUGGUUGGUAGCUAAUAUUCCAGAUGGCAAAUCUGUAGGUGAUGGAACAGAAAUAGUUCCAUAUUUUCAAGUGGUGCCAUUCAGAGGAACUGGUUAUCACAGAAUUGCUUGUUUGUUAUUGCGACAUAAUGAAAUUAUUAAUUUAACUUCGAGAAAACCAAGCAGUCCAGCACUGAUAGAUCGAAUUUUCAAUGUUGGUCAGCUCUAUAAAGAAUUCGAGAAACAGUGGACCCCUUCCAGUCUUUCAUUUGCUCAAGCUUCAUGGGAUGCUUCUGUUAACGAAGCGCUUCACAGAAUUGGGAUGAAGUCGCCAAUUUAUGAAUACCAAUAUUAUCCUCCAGUGAAAAUGGAUCAGAAAGAAUUCCCGCUAAAGCCGCAGCCAUUUAAUUUAUAUUUGGAUCAGUUUCGAAAUCCAAAGGAGAUCCAUGCGGAUUUAUUGAAAAAGCGUUUGCAAAUGCGGAAGGCAGAUAAAAGUCCGGAACAACCUAAAUACCCUGACAUUGACUACGUUGAGCAUAAGAGAUAUAUGCCGUUUUGGCAGCAUGAUAAUUUGAUAAAGGAGAAUUCCGGAUUCAGUCGAUAUAGAGUUCUAUGGAGCAAUCCAAUCAGCUGA